CCCAAUUGUGCCAUUUCAAAAUCUACCUCACUGGCCUACCUUACCGAGCUGACCCAUGGAAGAGGACUCACAGAUCUUUGUCAACGCCUCAGCAAACGAAACUCGGUCAGAGCAGGUCACAUUGCUUCUCAAGCAACUUAACAAUUAUGAGCGUGCGCCAAAAGGAUUAGUGAAAUCAUGGUUAGAAACCCAACAAAAUGAAGAGAACUCCACGGCAAGAAUCUUCCUAAAUGAGGGCAGAUUCCCUGCCUGGCUGGCGUACUUCCUCACCAAAAAUGCCGCAGAAAAUCGAUGCCAUUUUCUUGGGAAAGCUGACUGCAGCCGUUUGAUCGAUGAUCUUGAGAAUGCGCCUGCCGCAUUUCGAAGAUCAUUAGCGGCACGAGUAACGGCUGCGAUCCAGCCUGAAGUCGCGAAGAAAAUUGACAACCUGCACCACAAAAGGAUCAAACCACUUCAAAAAGGUAAUAUGUCGCAACAGCCAAAUAAAAAACGCCGCUUGACGGAGGGCGACGGUUGCCCACCGACCUCCUCAACGGACAUACUCAACCCGACAGACCCACCGAGCAAUGAGAACGUGUACCCAUCUUCCCUCAAUCACUCGGCCCUGGAACAAAUGACAGUAUAUUCCUCUGUCGACUCUUCUGAUUGCUUUGCCGAAGAUGAACAUGUGCUGGUCAAUGCAUCUCUCGCUGAGGCAACACGCCUUUUCCCUCGAGACCUCUCCAACGCAAUUAGGAGAAACCCCGAUCCAAAGAAUGAAAAUAUCUUGGUGGCUGCCAUAUCGAUGACAUUUCCGAAUGCGCCGUUCACGGACAAGUUUGGAUGCCAAAUGGCAUUGGAAGUCACGGACGAUAAGGUACAACAUCUUGCCUGGGAGUUGUUCGAGGUGCGCUUGGAAACAAGGGCCGGCCUCCGAUACGUUUGUUUCGCCGAUGGCGGUUCGAAAAUAUUGCCCAAUCCCAAGUUCACUCUCCAAGGGUGUCGGCGCCACAUCAUUUCUUCCACAUUUGGCCCCGAGAUGUCCAAUGCAAUUGCAACAAGUCCAUUAUAUCAGGACGAUGCCAGGCAAUGGCGGGACUGUACAGACGGCGUGUCCAUGGUGAUUUCGCAUCAGGCCCACGAUGGGGCUGUCAUCUUUGUAUCUCUAGGAUUGUGGGAAGGAACACGGAUCAAAAAGAAGCUGUAUGCAUAAUACCAAACCAUUUCACCAUACAUCAUACUAUGCUUCUUCUUUCACCCUCCCUCUCUUCCCGCCGAGCCAAAGACUAGUGCCUUUCUGCACCACGCCUUGUCCAUUGCAAGUGUCAUACUUCGCUGUGGGUUUCUCUGUGUUACCGGCCUUGUAAACACGAAUGAAACAGUCCCGCCAGUACACCAUCUGUCCUGAUCCUUCGAUCGUGGUUGGAGAGUGUUCAGCAUUGCUGAAAAAUUCUGCGUCUUUGGUGAGAGGCUGAAUAUCAAACGACUAAAUAGUAUGUCAGAAGAGUCUUGAUUACGGAAUGAGGACAAACCAUCGGGAUAUAAUCUUAAACACUGGCGCUUGGAUGAAAUGGUUAUCUGCGAUUUAUUGAGGCGGGUUAGAGAAGUGCGGCGGAUGGAGUCUUUCGGCGCCAGGCGCAGGCAGGACCGUAAGGGUCGCUUUCGAAUGUCGAGAAUGUUGCAAAUCCGUUGGCGGACGGGAAGUUAUUUGCUGUUUAUGAAGAGUUCAUCGAUUGACCGCAUACUACGAUAAAUAUCGGCCUUUUGCGCAGCAUCUCAGGACGCUUCGAAGUUGGCAUACAGAUAUUGGUGAGAGGAUUGCGAUUUCGACUCUCGAUCCUGAAGUGGCGAAAUGCGGGAGUUUUGGCAGCCUGGCACAUGACAAAAGUUGGACAGGAGUUGGGCACGAACCAUUUCAUGAGACUGGCCAAACGGGCCAUUGCGCUGCGCCGUGGGGCCAGCACCUGAUAUGACCUCGCCGCUCGAGCAUAAUCUCCUUCCGUCGAUCGGCGAUGGAUUAGUGAAUGUAGGUUAGCGAGUGUAGGUUAGCGAGUGUAGGUUAGCGAGUGUAGGUUAGCGAGUGUAGGUUAGCGA